AUGUUAAUAUUAAUCGAGACUCCUGCUGGAUUUGCCCUCUUCCAAGUGGCUAACACUAAGGCACUUAACAAAAUUGAGAAUAUCUACGAUUACUUGCAAAAUGAGAAGCAAGCUAAAAAAUUGUAAGCAUUUGCAUAUAAAAUGAUCUUAGGAUUACACCUUUUGCUUUCUAACAAUUUAAAGAUACAUAGGAAGCUCUUAUUGCCACUAGUAAGCUUAUUAAUGGUAAGAUUCCUAAGAAACUAAGUAAGUUUUUGGAAAAGAAUGUAAUUUCACAGGAAGUUUAAGAUUAAAUAGCAGGUAUCAAUAGAUUAUAUAUUUUAUAGUUUAAGAUAAAAAAUUAGCUAAGUAGCUUCAAGAUUAACUUGGAUUAAGUUGCAUUUAAACACCAGUCACAGAACAAUUGUUUAGAGGCAUUAAAUCACAAUUAACUAAUUUAAUUGAAGGCUUAAGUGAAGCUGAACUCAAAAAUAUGACUUUAGGUUUAGCACAUGGUUUGUCUAGAUAUAAGUUAAAAUUUUCAACUGAAAAAGUGGACACCAUGAUUAUUCAAGCUAUAGCUCUUCUUGAUGAUUUAGAUAAAGAAAUUAAUAAUUAUAUGAUGAGACUUAGAGAAUGGUUUGGAUGGCAUUUUCCAGAAUUAGGCAAGAUCAUUACAGAUAACUUGAUUUAUGCUAAGAUUGUUAAAGCCAUAGGUAUGAGGAUCAAAACAAGUUAGACUGAUCUUUCUGGAAUUUUACCAGACAAUCUAGAAGCAGAUGUCAAAUAAGCAGCAGAAGUAUCUUUCGGUACUGAAAUCACAGCAGAAGAUGAAAAAUUUAUUCUUUGUUUGGCUGACUAAGUAAUCGAAUUAACAGAUUACAGAGCCUAAUUAUCAGAAUAUUUGAAAAAUAGAAUGUAAGCUAUUGCCCCUAAUCUUACAACCAUGGUUGGAGAAUUAGUUGGAGCAAGACUCAUAUCCCAUGCUGGAUCUUUGGUUAAUUUAGCUAAAUAUCCAGCUUCAACAGUUCAAAUCUUAGGAGCUGAGAAAGCAUUGUUUAAAGCUAUUAGAACUAAACAUAACACACCAAAAUAUGGUUUGAUCUUUUAAGCCAGUUUAGUUGGAAGUGCUCCUGCUAAAUUGAAAGGUAAAGUUUCCAGAACAUUAGCUGCUAAAACAGCCUUGUGUAUUAGAUAUGAUGCUUUAGGUAUAUUUUAUUUAUUAAAUUAUUCUAGGUGAGGGAUAAGAUGCUGAAUUUGGUAUCACUAAUAAAGCCUUUUUAGAAAAGAGAGUUCAUUAAUUAGAGGAAGGAGUAAACUAUAGAGAUGUGAAAGCACCAUAAAGAGGAAAAGCCAAGCCUGUUUCCUCUUAAGCUCAAUAUUAAGAAGAAGCAGACUUUUAACCUUAAGGAGCUACAUGGAUGUAGAAAUUCUCAAAAGGUGAAGAUAAAAGAUAGGCAUCAGAAGAUUUAACAUAAAACUAAAAGUUCAAGAAGGUGAAAUAGUAAUGAAAG